UUUAUAUUCCACGAUCUUGUGUUUCAGAAUACAUAGGAAGUUAUAAAUACUGUGACGCCUACGCAUAGGCAAUGCGAAGUCACAAUAUAAAUAUAAGUUUAUAGUAAGCAAAUAUAAAAAUAAGUUAUAGUAAGAAUACGACUAGGAAAGAAUAAGGCAGGAACAGGGACGCCACGAUUGGCUAAUGAACAGUACUGGUAGGAUAGAAUAGGAUAGCGAGUAAAUACGAUAGGGAUGGACUUAUAGACUUAGGUAGAAUCAUAAUUAUUACAUAAGUAGGCUAGACUAUUUUACAUAAGGGAAUUGGGUAUAAAUAGGGUUUCGGUGGCAAAGAACGACAGAAAAAGGUUCUCACGAAAUACGAAGAAACUCUGCCCGAUCGCGAAGCAAAAGUUGCAAUAAAAGUUUAGUUUAAAAGUGUAUCAGUUUAACCUCCUGUGUUAUUUUGUGGUCUUAAUAAGUUACAUUAAACAUAUCACAAUACAUAUCGAUGGAUUGUUAACUUUAGUAUUAAAAUAAGUAUUGUUCUGUAAUUAAACAUUAAAUAUGAUCGACAUCGUUGAAGAACUGUUCCGCAAGGUUGCUUGAAUUGCUGAAUUGGUCUGCCUUGGGUUGGCGACUAUGUUGGUUGGAAGGCAUCAUGAUGCUUGAGAUGCUAGCAAACAUAAUCCCUAAACCAAAUUCGCUCUCUCUUUUCUACGUAUAGGCUUUGUACAUACAUAACGCAUCAUCCAAUAGAUGCUCACAGACCCGGCAAAGUCCGACCUCCACCUCCACGUGGUGCCGGGUGGAAUGUAGCUAGACCGUCGUAUCUAGUUUGCAUACCAACGGAGGCGGUAUGACCUGCGCUUGAAGGACUUGUUUUGGAUUUUAUAUUACUGAACUGUUUUUGGUGCUGGUGGGCGACCCAGCCCAGCCCCUUAGUAAGGUUGGGUGAAACCAACUUGAAACGGCGGUUUGGAUUAAUGGGAAGUCUGCCUCCGUCCUAGUCAAACCUGGCAAGUCUUCAGUAGCGCUCACUGUCUGUCGUCGGUUUGCAAAAACCGAUGGACUGUAGGUGCAGGUGAGCUAGUGCCCUGCUUUACCCUUACCUGGCUCUGAGUGUGUUGCCUCAUAAGGGCGCACACCAACCCUCGCGUGGCCUCCCUGCUUGCAAAGAUAACCACGAGGUCCUUAAGGGGACUACGGUCUUCGGGUAGUGAUAGCGGACUGAAGUUUGGACCAAAGAACAAAGAUAAACUCAAAUAACACUUUUGCCAUGUCGUUGAGGAGUACUGCUAAGGAGCAGUGCAUCGUGGAGAUAUCGGCCUUGGAAAAGGCCAAGAUGCUUCGCGGGCAAGAAUGUGAAGAACGCGAGGCGCUUAAGGUGGCUGCCGACCAGCACCUGCAGUGCUUCCGCGAAUACGUCUCCUCGGUGAAAGGGGGCGAGUCAGCCAAGGCCAAGCCGAAGCUGCUCGCAACAAUCCUGGAACUGUUGGAGAUGUUAUUUAAGGAGAACAAGUCGCUUCUCAAGCGACUUGAAGCAAAGACCUCAAAGGGGUCCGGGAAUGCGGAAAGUGCCGUAGCCCGAACAACUGAGGCACCCGAGUUCCUCCAGCAGACGAAGAAGGGCCGUAAGCCAAAGGCCCAGAAGUCGGCAAUGGAGACCAAAGCUGUCAAAGAGAAAGGCGAUAAGGUCAUGCCUGCUAAGCAGGCCAAGAAGGGGAAGACGGUGGAACCGCCCAAGCCAGCUGGUCGCAAGGCCGGACCGUUGCGGGCGGCAAAGCCGUCUAAGAAGCAGAAACCAGAAGCGGUUCUGGUCAAAGCUGGGGAGUCCUCCUCCUACGCGGAGAUCCUUAAAGGUCUUCGCAAUCGAGAGAACCACAAAGAGGUGAGAGAGCAGGUCUCCAAGGUCCGAAGGGCCCAAAACGGAGACCUGCUGUUGGAGCUGAAACGAGGUAAGUCGGCAUGUGAGAUUGUGCCGGCCCUCGAGAAGCACAUAGGAGAGAAGGCCACAUUGCGGGCACUAGCCCCAACAGUUUUGUUGGAGGUCCGCGAUGUUGAUGAAGUGACCACGGUUGAAGACGUGGCCACCGCUAUCGAGGGCCAAAGCGGGAUUGCCGUGCCGGUUGACGGUAUUCGGCUCCGCAAAGAGCGUGUCCCAGGGACGCAAGUGGCCAGCCUUAAGGUUGGCCACCAAGAGGCCGAAAAACUCCUCAAGAAGGAGAAGUUUAAGGUCGGCUGGUCGGUCUGCCCAAUUAAAGCAACGCAGCGCUUGACACGCUGUUUCAAGUGCUGGUGCGUUGGGCAUCUUAGCAACAGAUGUCCCAAAGAGGACAGACGCGACCUUUGUAAGAACUGUGGACAGAAGGGACAUGUUCAGAAAGACUGCCGCAACAGGACGGUAUGUCUGUAUUGCAAGGGGGCAGGGCGUCGGGGCACUUGA